GAAAAUAAGCCUUUAAAUAAGCUAAUAAACGUAUGAAUGAAGAGUCUCGUCACAUAUUUUCAGGAAAAAGUGGCAAACUUUUUGCUACAUUUAGGAAUUUAAGUCGCCCAAAGAAAUGUCUGUUAAAUAUAGCGGAAAACACAUUAAAUAGUCAUCCUUUAUCAGAUAUUGACUAUCUGUUACAUGGAUUAAAAGUGUCUAAUGAUACAGAAGAAUGUAUUCAAAUAGCAGAUCGAUUAAGUGAAAGGUUAUCUCAAAUUGUUCUGAUGAAUGUAGAAGAAAUAUGGAUGACAGGGAAAAAAUUAAUUUCAGGGGAAAACAGUCUAGAAAUGCGUAAAUCAGGGUUUUCGUUGAUGUCAGCAUGUAUUAAGUCUCAAACAGAAUUGAGCGCAGUUGAUCGGUAUAUGUUUUAUCAAGAUAUUCAACAACAUAAUGUAAAUGAAGAUUUUGCUAUGUGUUUGGAUAUUAUGAGAGUAUUGACGAAUGAUGGGAGAGAUAUUACGGCGAUGGAAUCAACGAUUAUACGUUUAGUUUCUUCAUGGCUUUUUAUAUGUUUUAAAAAUACAGAAAAUAGUCGUUUAAAAAACCGACAUUCAAUAACAUCUGAAAGUAAUGAUAUAUCUUAUGAGGAACAUCUUGAGAUUUUGUUUUCUUUGAUUACAAAUAUUAUAAAAUUUCAUUAUUCUAUUUUUGAAGAAAAUGAUGUAGUAAUGUUGAUUAAUGAUGUAAUUUGGAUCAGUAAAAAAACAACGGAUAAGAAUGAUAUUAAAAAUGUUAUUCACUUUCUUGACGUUGUUAUCCGCUAUGGAUAUAUUCCAAUUUCUGCAUUAACAAAUUGUGUUGAAAUUCUAUGUAGUACCAAUAUUGGCAUUUUGGAAUUUGAAGAUAUUUCAUGGAAUAUUAUGAAAAAUCUAUUAAAAAGUCAUAUAGCUUAUAAUACAGUACAGUCACUGAAAAAAUUUCUUGAAACGAAAAAUAAACUGCAUUCAAAUGUGAUUAUAGGAGCUGCAAGAUUUUUAUCAUGGAUUUUAACUACAAAUGAACAAAAUAGGCUUUUUUCAAUUCCUCAUGGAACUAUUAUGGAAACGUACAAGUCAGCACUUUCUUUGAAUAAUCCACAAGUAGAUUUUGAGAUUUUAAAAGCGCUGAGAGACUUUAUUGGUUGUAAACAUAUACAAGAAGAAAUGAAAUAUGAUGACUGGGAUAUACCUCUCGAAAUAUUAUCAAUAUGCUCAAAAUAUCUACAAUACUUUACUGUUCAAAAUAAGCUUUUAGAAUUACCCAAUGCAGAAUUUAAAGAUGAUAUAUAUACAUCGUUAUUUCAAGUCACUGGUCAAAUUCUUUCUAUAUUGCAGGAUUCUUAUAAUAAUUCAUGUUAUUCUGGGUCAUCAACAAAAUUAAUUCAAUAUUUCUCUAAAAUACAUACUUAUUUACCUGAAUCUACUUCUAUACUUCUAUUGGAUUAUUAUUCUACUCAUUAUCAUUAUAAUCAAGAUUAUGAAAAAUGGCCAGAUAAUCCUAUAUUUAUUGUGCAAUCAUUCUUUAAAUCUUCUUAUUAUACGACGAAAAUCAGAAUAAAAGCACUCGAUCUUAUAAAAAAUGUUAUAAGCACAGGAAAUUUUUUUCUUCCAGAUCAACUUGUCAAUAACGUUUUUUUGUCACUUUUUGAUGAUUUUUUUGAAGAGCGUGAUCACGUUGUUAUUUUAGAAUCUAUUAAGGUUUUAGUAGAAAUGGCAUAUGAUGGAAAUGAUAUCUUUUUUAAUAAAACAAUAAAAAUUUUGGAAAAAUGUUCACUUCUAACUUUUCAUCAAAUAGAGAAACUUAAUUCUCUUGCUCAUCAGAAUUCUCAAGACAAUUCGUUUACUUCAGUGUUAGGGGAAAAUAUUAUGUUUAAGGAUGAAAAAGAAACAAUGGCAUUAGCUUCUUCUAAAGGGCUAAUUACUCUAUUUCUUUAUUACUUGCGUAUAAGAAACAAUACAAAAUGUAUCCAAUUAUAUAAAAUAAUUCUAUCAAUUGCAUCAAACUUUGAAGGCAAUUCAGAUGUUAGAAUAUCUGCUUUGCAAAUUUUGGUACGAAUUCGUGCUGAUAGUUCACAUUUUAUUUAUUUAGUUUCAGAUAUUGGUGAUUUGCCUUUAGCGUCCAAUUUUAAAAGAAAUAGGAAAUUGGAAUGCUCUAAUUUUUCUGAAACCAUUGGUAGAGAAUCGACUGAACUAAAAACGGAAUCGAAUAAAACAAGAUCUCAACAAGACAAUAUAAAUAACAAUGUCAAAUCAGAUAAAUAUCUAUAUAAUGUUUUAUGGACUAUACCCGAAAAACUGCAUGUCGAAAUAUCACCUAUUGACGAAUAUAUUACUCAUUUAAAAUCAUGUAAUAUUAACAAAUUAAUAUUUGAAACAACAUUGGAGCAAAAUAAUGAAAAUGAUCAAAUUCUACCGAUUUCUACAUGGUUAAAAAUUGUAAUAGAUAUUUUAAAAAAUGAAAAGGAUUGGGAAAUUUAUUUAUAUAUCUUAGUUCAUAUUAGUUCUCAAUUAAGAAACAAACAUUUAUUUUGUGAUUCGGUUCAUGAAAUCAGAGAAUUAAGGACACUGAUAGUUGAUCAACUAUUUAAUAAUGUUUUAGCGCCAGUACUUUUACCAGAUAACUUUCGAAAAACAGAUAUCAUGAUUGCUUUAAUUGAAAUACUUAUUGUCUUAAUAUCUUACCAUAAUAAAUAUACAAAAAAUGAACAAGAUGAAAUUGUUAUAUCUUUUCAAAUGGGUUUGCAAAAAUGGUCUCACGCUGCAAAAUCGUGUAUCCAUGCUCUUACUAUCUGCUGUUAUGAACUUCCUAUAUCAAUGAGUAAAUUGUUAUCAGGAAUUUUGGUAAAGCUUUCUCAGUUAAUAACAUCUUCAAGUGUAAGUAUUCAUAUACUUGAAUUUUUGUCAUCAUUAGCAAGACUUCCAAACGUUUAUGCAAAUUUUACAGAAGCAGAUUUUCGAAGAGUUUUUGGAAUUUCUUUACAGUAUAUUCAACAUAGUAAUGCAUUUACAAGAUCUCAGUUAUCAGACCGGCCAGAAAAUGCUAAAGAAUCUGGUCAGAUCAAUAUAUCUGGCAUGCAAAUGUCUCAAUAUGUUCUAACUUUGGCAUAUAAUAUAAUAUAUAUAUGGUUUUUGGCUUUAAAACUCUCAGAACGACGAAAGUAUGUUGCUUGGAUUAUCAGAGGACUUUUACUUGCCAAUCCAUUAAAAAAUGGUUUAGAUGAGCAGAGUCAAACAUGCUAUGAUAUGCUUUUAAGAUUUUCUUAUUCUAAUGCGGAUAUUAAAGGCACUCUAUCUAACUAUACACCUGAUCCUUUUGCCAUCUCAAAAACGUGGCUCUAUGGAAAUUCAUUUAUAACAAUUGACACUGCAAAUUCAUCUGACAUAAUAGAAUUAACAAUAAGGAGAUCAUCUGGUACUGUUCAUUUUUCUUGUCGAUCAAGAGAGUUUAUGAAUAAUGAAAAUAGAACAGAUGAUGACAUGGAUACUAUUCAAGAUCAGUUUAUUGAAAAUGCUGAGUCCAGGAAAAUGUCGAUAAAAUUGUUUUCUUUAGAAUUACCAUUAUUCCUUCCAAGUUACGUUUUACUUCAAGUAUCAUUUUUUCCUGAACUCUUAGAGCAAUCUAAACCAUAUCUUUUAGCCGAUAACGAGUUUACAAAGCGAACAUUAUCAGUAUUUGAUCGAAUACCUGUUGUUGAUUUUCAUAAAAUUGGUGUUGUUUAUGUUGCUCCAGGACAAAGUACAGAAUCGGAAAUUCUAGCUAAUACAUGUGGAUCUCAAGAAUAUUUAAAUUUUAUGGAAGGUCUUGGUGAUUUAACACGUUUAAAAGGAAAUAAAACUAUUUAUACUGGUGGUUUAGAUACUGAAAGCAAUCACGAUGGUGAAUUUGCCUAUUUUUGGAAAGAUAAAAUCACACAGAUCAUUUAUCAUUGCUGUACAUUGAUGCCUACGAAUUUGGAAACAGAUCCUCACUCUACUUUAAAAAAGCGUCAUAUUGGAAACGAUUUUGUUAAUAUUAUUUUUAAUGAAUCAGGAUCUCCAUAUAUUUUUGACACAAUCCCUGGUCAGUUUAACUUUAUAAAUAUUGUUAUAUCACGGCAUUCAAAAUAUAACUAUAAUGUAUUAUCUUGUAAGGAAGAUUCGGUCUCUGAUAUAUUUUUUCUAGUGAAAUUAUUACAAAAAACAGGUGUACCAGAAAUUGGUUCUGUGAAAGAAACCAUGAUUUCUGCUAAGGCUCUACCUAUAUUUGUACGUAAUCUUACUUUGCAUGCAAGUACUUUUUCGCAGAUAUAUCAUCAAAUUGGUGGUGAAUACAUAACGAAUUGGAGAGAACGUCUUCGUCAUAUUCUUCGUGUAAAAGCUAGAUUUCAACUAUCUGAUUCUAUAUCGGAACAACCUACUAAUUUGCCUACAACUCAUCAGUCAACUUUGGACUCUAGUAAUUCUAAAUUAUUGGAUCUUGACAAUAUAAAUGAUUAUAUAUCUUAUUUAGAAAAAGCACUUGAUUUUACUGUAUUUUCAUAAAAUAAUAUUAAAUACCAG